AUGCUGCAACUUAAGGCGGUGGACCGCAUCCAGGCCGGGGAACGGGACAAAGAAGAGCGAGUGCGGGAGGCCCGUGUGGAAAACAUCAAGCUGAAGCAUGAAAUCCAAAACCUUGAAACCAUCUUGAAAGCUCAGGGAGAACAGGUAGAGGGUCAACACUUUAUGGACUUUGAGCGCAUGAAGAAAGAGAAUCAGAAACACAGUGAAAAGAUCGACGACCUCAGUGACGAAAUCCUGAAGCUCCAAAAGAAGGUAUCGAACACAGUACAUAUUCUCAGCCAGUUCAGGGAAAAACUACAGUUUGUGGAAGCUGAAAAUGAAGGCAGAAGGGCUGAACUGCUGGACAUUGAGACUGUCUUGUCACAGAAGAGAGACAUUCUGACCAAAACCAAACAGGCCAGAGACAGACUGCGGAGAAACAACUUGAAAUUGCAGCAGAAACGUGGGUUGCUUGGAAAUGAGACGCUGCUUCGGGACUUUGAGGAAAAGGUGGAUACUGUAGAGCUGCUGACUCAGCGAUUGGAAACUCUGAAAUGUCACCAUGCUGGUCUGAUCCUUACUUGUAGGGGAAUUCAGAAAAAAAUCAAGGAAGCCAAUUCCUCUCUCUCUGCUGAGGUUGACUAA